AUGAGUCACAGAUUGGAGAAGUUCCCGAAAAUCCAAGAGUUCCCGCAUUUCCACUACAACUGCGUUCGUCUCGUGAGUCCAUUGUCUCCAUUGUCGCCAUUGUCUCCAUUCCUCCCCUUCUCUCUCCCCAUUCAGAGCGCGCUCUCCAUUCACCCCAUUGUUGGCGACCAAAGCGACCAAAGCGUCGUCUGUCGUGUCGUCAGUCGUCACAACUCGUGGACAAUCCGCCGAUCGCUGCAACAGUUCCGCUCGUUGGACGCGCUUCUGCACGCAUGCGUCGUGUCGCGCGACUUCUCGCUGCUGUCGGCGCCUCUCGCGCGCCCCGACGUCGCGCACUAUUGCCGCCGUCUGAACGACAUUCUCGUGACUUCCGGUUUGAGUUGUGUUUCGGUUUUGAAUUGGUUUGAAAGCGACGAAAGCGGAAAUCACAUUCACUGCGAGGAGUCGGAACUCAACUGUCGUUCUGUUGGCGCCGCGUUUGUCGUCAAACACGUGGAGACGUCACGUGACCUCGAGUUCCAAGUGCUCGAGUGUCUGGAGAUCGGCGAC